UCGCAAACAUGAUCUGCGUAUUGCAAAGAGGGAAACAACAGAAAUAAUUCCCUAUUUUCCGCCCAUAACCAGCAAAGAAAUAACGUACCGGUCUAUUGUCGAUCAUAACUAGCAAAGAAUUUGCACUGCCGACAGGAAGCUUUUCUGAUGGUGAAAUUAAUCAUUCCAACUCUUCAUUAUUUUCAUCUUCUUUAUCAAAGGACUGUCGACGCACAUUCACAGUCUGUUUUUUAUGGUCGGAGCGAGUAUAAACUUAUCGUAUUUACCCGGCACCAAUGACCAAACUCUGCAAUUUUUAAGCACACAUCGAGAGAGCUUCAAUCCUCUUUUACCUAUAUACUUUCUUCUAGUGCUCUGCUUUGUUAAUUUAUUAUUGUUUGACCCUAUGCACAACACAUGGUCAUGCAGAAUAGUCAAAUGUUCUAAGGUUUGAUCCAGUACCCUAUUUGUUAGUACACGCAUCUUUAUGCUCUCAUUUAUUGCUUUUGGAGGAUAAUAAGCACCACUGACUAGAAGACAAAAAUAACUUUGAAGAUUACAAAUUUCAUCUGGGCGAGAACUUCCGGUGGGUAGAGAACUAGAGAUGAUAAAAAUUCUUCUCCUUCCGUCAAUGAGCUCAUUGCAACAAGAAUUUAGCUUACCAAUUUUAUCCGGGCGAGAAGGGUUAGGAAGCUGGGAUUGAUAUACAUCGUGUUGUUGUUUCCUUUUUCUUCGUGAUACAUUUGUCUGGGGCUGUGUCAUGUUACAUAUUGUUAAGGGUAUAAAAGGUUGAAGACUAGAAGGUAAGAGAAUUUCCAAAGGGAGGGAAGAAAAAUAAGGAAGGAAUGGGUAGUAACCAAACGGCAGCACAAAUCCCGACGAGCUUUGGUCACGAACUGAGGGCUUGCCUCCGCUGCCGUCUCGUCAAAACCUACGACCAGUUCAGAGAAUCUGGAUGCGAGAAUUGUCCCUUCUUUAAGAUGGAAGAAGAUAGCGAGCUUGUUGUGGAUUGCACUACGCCUAAUUUCAAUGGUAUAAUCUCAGUCAUGGAUCCUAAUAGGAGCUGGGCUGCUCGCUGGCUUCGUAUAGCACGUUUUGUCCCAGGUUGUUACACACUUGCAGUUUCAGAGGCACUUUCUGAAGAUUUGCAGAAUCUGUGUCAAGAUUCGAAUGUGCCCUACGUUCCUCCAAAACGCAUUUAACAUGAAUGUUGUCCGGCUACUCGGCUAGUACUUACGAUCAUCUCUUGUAGGAGAGCACAAAAGAUCAACUAAUAUAUGUAUCAAAAGUAGCUACACAAACGUUGAACAUGUGCUCUGUCAUGCAGUGUUGAUUUCCCUCUCCACUUCUCCAGUUAAUGUCAAUGUUAUUACUUUUGUGUGCUGUCGACAAGAAAUCAGAUAUACUUUGCAUAUGUUAUUGUUUGUUGGUUGGUUGCCCUGCGCUAAACAGAAGGAAAAAGUG